UUGGCUACGCAUACCACGAAGACAACCAUAUUUAUAUUUAUAAAAAUGUCCAAUUGGUGGUACGCUAAUUCUCUAUUAUUGAAUUUAAAAUCUACAUUAUCUAUGAAACAAAAAGUGGAUAUAUCCAAGUACCCUAAAUUACAAGCCUCACUUAAAAGAAAAUCUGAAGGAUAUGAGCCUAAAAAAGCUAGAACGCUUUCUUCAAAUGAUAUAAAGCAAUUUAUUGGAAAGGCAUCAGAUAUUAAAUAUUUACGUUCGAAACAGAUGAUGAGGGGUCGUAGUCUACUGCUAAUUGAAAAGGCAAUGAAAGCAAUCGCAGAAGAACCCGGAUCUUCCGUUCAACAUAGGAACGUGGAACAGGAUGCCGAACUACGAGGCAUAUUUUUUAAGUAAGUACCGUUCUGCAAUUCCGCCGCCGCAACCAGUCGGCGUUCCGCACAUGCGCGCUGGUCAUCUACAUCUCUUGUCUUCGCACUGACGCCAUUACAGUCUGAUUCUUUAUCGCGUACGUUGUUUACUGGAUGUCUCCGACAAUCGUGAGUCCCGCCGAUUGUGAAGUACGGGCUGUUAUACGAUUUCUUAGUGCUAAAGGCGUAAAACCGAUCGAUAUUCAUCGUGAGAUUUGUAAAGUUUACGGAAAAAACAUUAUGAGUGAUGGAAUGGUAAGGAAAUGGGUGAGAGCAUUUAAAGAUGGCCGCACAAAUGUGCAUGAUGUAGAACGGAGUGGGCGUCCUUUGGUCGUUAAUGAA